ACAAACAACAACAAAAACAACAACAACAACAAAAUGCCUCGGAGGAAACAGCAGGCUCCCAAGCGGGCUGCGGUGUACAUGCCUGAUGAAGAUGCUGCUCUGCAGGAUUCCAUCACUGAGGAAGAUGGUGAGAACGACAGUCAAACCGAAGAGGAGUGUUCAGAGAAGACCAGCCCCAAGGUGUCUGAGGACAGAGAGCUGGACAACAAGAGCACCCACACUUACAGCAACCAGAACUCUCCCAUCAGUGUCCUGUCCAAUCAGGAGGCAGAGCUGGAGUCACGUCUUAGUGACAGCAGCGACAGACUGUCUGAUUUCAAAACCACCUCGCCACCUGAGAGCCAGAGGGACGAAGAAAGCUGCAGCUCAAAGCAUAAGGAGGAGAUGGGCAGUAGCUUGGAGAAAAUGAGGGCAGCAUAUGCAAACUUUCUCUCUGACUCCUACUGGACUGGGAUUGGAAUGGACUAUAAAAUUGGUAAAAAUACCAGCAAAGCCAACUGUGACAGCACCAACGGAAGCAGCAAGAGCGAGUUCGACUGGCACCAGGAUGCGCUCUCCAAAACCUUACAGCAGACGCUCUCCCCAAAGCCCGCAUCCAAACCCAACCUGUUCAGCUCCGUGCACCUGUACAGGCAAACCACCAAGCCCUGCGGCUCAGUGUUCACAGGGGCCAGCCGUUUCCGAUGUAAGGAUUGUAGUGCAGCUUAUGACACCCUGGUGGAGCUGACCGUCCACAUGAACAAGACUGGACACUACCAAGACAACAACCACAAACAGAGUAACUCAGCUGCUUCGUCGUCAAAAUCUAGAAAAAGAAAUUUACAAGAUAUGGAGGGAAAAGAGGAUGCACAGAAAGUUUUGAAAUGCAUGUUCUGUGGCCAUUCUUUUGAUUCGUUGCAGGAUUUGAGCGUCCAUAUGAUUAAAACUAAGCAUUACCAAAAAGUGCCUUUAAAAGAGCCAAUCCCUGUAAUCACACCCAAAUUACUGCCACCAGCCAAGAAACGAGCCUUUGAAACAACAAGACCUUGCUCUCCAGACUCGACCACUGGUGUGUCCGGCUACACUGAGGCUCAACGGACAGCCAACCUCACAAACGCCAACAGCAGUCGCUACGGUUAUCAGAACGGUGCCAGUUAUACUUGGCAGUUUGAGACGUGCAAGUCCCAGAUUCUCAAAUGCAUGGAGUGUGGAAGCUCUCAUGACACCCUGCAGCAACUCACCACACAUAUGAUGGUGACRGGACACUUCAUCAAAGUCACAAACUCAGCAUCUAAAAAAGGCAAACAGCUAGCGCUUGAUCCCCUGGCUGUAGAGAAGAUCCAGGGUGUAGCUGAGCCUGCUGCCAGCGACAGUGAGGGAGAAAAGGUGUCUCCCAAAAAUCCUUCCCCCGGGACCAGUGAGAAGGACAACCAGUGGGAAGGAACAUCAGACAAAACAGAAGAAACUGAAACGAAAGAUGACAAGCAAGAGAGUGAGGAUCAAAAGAUGAGCGGUGGGUCUUUUAAAUACCCCUAUCUCCGUGAAGAAGACCUGGAAAAAGAGUCCAGUGGAGGAGGAGACAUUCUUAAAUCUUUGGCCAACACAGUGGCCUCUGCCAUCAAUAAAGCUCAAACAGGAACACCAAGCUGGAGCGCUUACCCAAGCAUUCACGCUGCCUACCAGCUCUCUGGGAUCAUCAAGAGUACCCCUCUCUCUGCAUCUCCCCCUACUCAGCUAAAGCAGACGUUUAACCACAAACUGAGGGCGAUUGCCCCAAAGAGAAAGCUAUACCACAGUGCUGAGGGAGCCGAGCCUCCCCAGGGCCCACAUCAAAAUGUGGACAUCAAAAAAGAAAAGGUAGGCAUUAGUGAUGGCAAAGAAAGUCAGAGUAUGAAGUUUGAUCUGUUGGAGAACGACGACAGCGAUUGUCAGGACGAUUCCUCUUCCUCUUCAAAGCUGGAUGCAGACUGUGUGAAUGAAGAGGGAGAAACGAUCAAAGGGAAGUUGAGCCCAGAUUUCUCUGACAGGGAGAAGACUCCGAGCCCUGCUGCCAGCAAUGGYCGCAGCACUACAUCAGAGCCUGUCAGUGACAGUCCGGAUAUACUUGGCAUUAACCCUCUUAGUGCGCUACAGUCAGUCCUGAACAAUCACCUGGGCAAAGCAAACAAGCCCAAUAACUCAAGAGCAGAGAAAAUAUCUGCACAUUCACAGUCGAUUUUUGCUGACUUUAAUCGUAGCAGUGAGAAACCAGCUUCGCUGCUCAGAAGUCCUGUGAGAAAUCGGCCUGAUAACCCUUUCUUCUUGGUCAGUGACGACCAGCCGAUAGAUCUAACCAAGUCCAAACACAGCAAGGCCAGCUCUCUGCUGCUACAUCCCUCCACGCCAAUGCCACACAAAUAUGCUCUGUCUGACAUCGCAGAUAUGGUUAAAGUUCUUCCAAAAGCCACCACGCCAAAACCAUCGAUACCAUCGAGGAUUCCUACCAUGAAGCUGGAAUCGGACGUCCGGCGCUUUGAGGACGUGUCUGCCGAGGUCUACUCCGUCCACAAGCGCAAAGGUAGACAGUCCAACUGGAAUCCUCGCCACCUCCUCAUCCUGCAGGCUCAGUUCGCCUCCAGCCUCUUCCAGACGUCUGAGGGAAAGUAUUUGCUCUCAGACCUCGGCCCCCAGGAACGGAUGCACAUCUCCAAGUUCACUGGAUUGUCGAUGACCACCAUAAGCCAUUGGUUAGCGAAUGUAAAAUACCAACUGCGGAAAACAGGAGGGACCAAAUUUCUGAAGAACAUGGACACGGGCCACCCCGUCUUCUACUGUAACGACUGUGCUUCCCAGUUUAGGUCACCCACCACUUUCAUCUCCCACCUGGAAUCCCACCUUGGGUUCCAAAUCAAAGACAUGUGCAAAAUGCCCGUGGAGCACCAAACGAAGGUAGAGGAACCCGAAAUGUUGAAGGCUCUGAGUGUCCGAGCCAGCGAGGCUCUGGCCACAGAGGAAGACAUUGACUCAAAGUUCAAAUGUAAGCUCUGCUGUCGGACAUUUGCCAGUAAUCACGCAGUCAAACUUCAUCUGAGUAAAACUCACAGCAAAUCUCCAGAUAACCACUCACAAUAUGUUGAAAUGGACAAGGAGUAGUGGUAGUGAUUCACAUUACUAUUAUUGUUAUUAUUGUCACACGUUUCCUURUCUUCCUUGUCAUUUUAAUACACGGGUCAAAUAUUUCAACCAUUUUUCAGUUAGCAUUGUGUAAUGUGCAUCAUCAUGACUUUGAAAAAAGAAAUCCUGGCAUACAGCAAAGCUGCACUGGUUAGAGACAGUGUAAGAAACACUGGGAUCCUUUUGCAACCCGCUCAAAUGCACCACCAGUAAUGAAAUGUAUUACUGCUUGAAGAAACAUAAUUGCUGAUGUUUGCAUGCAAUAACCCUGGCUAUGACUACUAUUUAUUUGUAUAUGUCAAGUUUCAAUUGUAUUUUAAAGACAAAAUAAUGAAGUAAUUGAAGGACUUGUACGAGCUCUGUGAUGCAGUGCAGCUGUUGAAGCAGGCAGCCUGAAACGUGAUCACACACAUGCAGACGUGUACAGUAUAUCCUUUGUAAAGAUGUUUUGUGUUGCUACGAUAGAAGAAGAAAAAAAAGCACUUUAAUAAAUGUUUAAUCACCAGUUUAGAAGCAGAUUCUGUACAUGGCUAAAACAAAAAUUAGACGGUUUGGAAACACGGAGAUUUCACAUGUAAAUAUGUUUUAGAAGAAAAAAAAUCUGUUUCAUGCAACGAGAACAAAACAGAUGAAACCUGUGACCCCUGCACCUUUUUUUACUUAUUCCAAUAAAGAGUUAACAUUUGAUAA